UCAUCCGUCAGGAACUCCUCUGUGGCAUUAGGCUGAAGAUGAGGUGCUGGCACAUGACUGUGGUGGCCCUGCUAUUCUGCACGCAGGGCAUCAGCGGAGGGGCGGACGGACGCAAGGUGAGGAAGAGACCAAAGGAGAGUCCUCUGCAGCACACUGAGGCCUUCAACACCACCCUGUCCAACAGUGAGGAGGUGGAUGGGAGCACCAAGCAGGUCUCUGAGAACCAGAGAGUAGACCCACUUGGAUCAUGGAUGGACUUUGUGAAGCGACCUGUUGGCAAUUUUCCAGCAAAGUGCCGGAAGAGAAAGCGUCCCCUGCCUGGACCACCCGGACCUCCCGGCCCACCGGGACCCCAGGGACCUCCAGGGGCUCCUGGGGCAGAGGUCACUCAAGAAGUCCUACUGCAGGAAUUUAAGGAGAUGAUCAAAGAAGCCACAGAGAGAAGAGCAGCGGUGGAUCGCUCCAGUGACUCUGGUCAGCUGCCCACUGCUCUGAUUGCCUUGGAGGACAUGACCUCUCACCGGAGGAUCGAGGAGGCUUUCCACUGCAAGCUCCGAGGCCCAGUGGUCAUCGAUAAGAAAACUCUAACAGAGCUGCAGAACUUCCAGACGCCUCCUGCCAAAGGUGCCUUUCUCAGAGGAACCGGGAUGGACCAGUCCACUGGCCGAUUCACUGCACCCAUCACAGGAAUUUAUCAGUUUUCUGCCAAUGUUCAUAUUGACCACAGUGAGGUGAAGAGGGCAAAGAACCAGCUCCGAGCCAGAGACAAUGUUCGAGUGCUCAUCUGCAUCGAGUCCCUUUGCCAUAGAUACACAUCCUUGGAGAUGAUCGUUGGCUUGGAGAGCAACAGCAAAAUUUUUACGGUGUAUGUUAAUGGUUUGUUGGAACUACAGGCUGGACAGUACACGUCUAUAUUUGUGGAUAAUGCUGCAGGAGCGUCCAUCACAAUACAGAAUGGUUCAGACUUUAUGGGCAUGCUGUUGGGAGUAUAG